UAAUAUAAAAUCGGAACCGGGGAAAAAAGAACGGAGGCGGUAACCCAUGGUGGCGAUAUCUCUCUACCGCGGGAACCUCCACCGGGUUCCCGAUGUACCCCGGCGGUGGCCCAUGCCGCCACCGGCCAUCUCCCUCCGCCACUUCAAGAUUCUCAUCCACAAGCGAUCGCUAGCCCUCUCUCGCCUCACCACCUCAUCCUCCUCCGCGGCGGCGGCCGCCACCCCUGCCGGAACCCUAGACGUGAAGGAGGAGGAGAAGGGAAAGCAAGAAGCCACAGGCCAUAAUGGUGUCGCCAAACUCGACUCCCCGAAGGCGGAGAUUGCUUCCAAUCUCAAUUCCCAGACGCGAAAUUCCGAGCAAAAGAAGAGGGAGGAUAUGGAGGAGGGCAAGCCGCUGCAGGAAUCCCAAGGGACCAAUGCUCCCGCCUCAAAUCCUUCAGUCGGCACCUCUGUCACGAACGAGGAAGUUCGUGGUUCCGCGGUUGGUAAAGAUGGGACGGCUGAUGCGAAGUUGGAGGUAAGCAACAAUUUGAAUACUGCUAGUGACAAAAGGGAAAGGAAAAGAGAGUUGGAGAAGAAGUUGCAAGUCUUGAAUGAGAAGAAACACCAUCUUGUGCAAAUGCUGAAGCAGAUUUUAAAUGCUGAAGAAGAAAUAAAAAGACGUAAUGUGCAGCCAUCUGUUAUGCGUGCUUCUAUUCCUCUACAAGCAGAAACUUCAGUUGACAUGGGUUCUGUUACCAGACAGGUUCCGAAGAUUAGUGUGGAUGUAAAUUUCAGUGGUGAUUUGGGUGGGGAAUCAGAUCUUGCUGCUAACCACAAUACUCAAGCACGUCAGUUGAAUCACUUGCAUAGUACAUCUCCAUCUGCAGUAUCUUUUUCCAGAACUCCAUUUGGCUCUCUACAAUAUAGCACAGUCCAUACCCCUAGGUCGAGUUUGGCAGCUGUUGGUCAUGGGCAGACGUCAUCCAAUGCAUUGAUGGGCACUGCCAUUGCCAGUCCUUCCCGCUUUGCUCCUGCUGGUCACCAGGGCCAUUCUAUGGGUCUGCCGACUGUCUCAUUACCUGGCACCAAUUUUAUGGCAUCCUCACCAUCACCAGCAGCAUCUGGAAGUGUGUCCUCGGCCUUCAGGGAUUCUCGCAGUACCCACUCCUCGUGAAACAAUAUGUUGUCAUCUCAGUUUGUCAGCUUGGUGGUGUAUCAUAUGUCAUGUUUGAGCAACCAUAUAUAUUGCAAUGCCUGGUCACCUCCUUUUCGGAGUUCCUUCUCAUAAAUCCUCUUGCCUGUUUUCUGGUGUUGGUAGUGCAUCUUUGAUCCUGUGAAAAGGUCUAGGUCCCAUAUGCCCAAGAGAGUAGAGAUUCUUCGGUCUGUGUUGUGAGUUCAGAAUGAGUAGAUGAAUUCAGAAAAAAAUGCAACUAGCACCAGUGGAUUUCGCUUUCUAUGUUUAUUCCAUUCUCUUGUCCGCCAUAUUUUCAGUUCAUGGUUCGUUAUAAUAGCUUCUCCUUGAUGCAUGGGAUCUUUCUUCGAUAUUUAAGGUCAAAUUAGUCCAUAUCAUGCAGUUGGGAUUCUUGUAAAUAAGUUAUUCUUUCAGCAGCGCAAGCCAAAGUAUUCUCCGUAUCAUUGAAAGGCUUCGAGGUUUCAUCAUGUAACCUCUCUAACUUCGUUGUAUUUCUUCCAUCUAAAAUUUUUCAAACUGCGACAUAGUUUCAU